AUGUGUGGACCAGGUGAAGUUGAUGAUGAUCUAGAACCCGAAACAGCUGAAGAAUGUGCUAAAUAUGGCAAAGUAGUAAUGUGUAUGAUUUAUGAAUUGCCUGAAGCUCCGGAUGAUGAAGUAGUUCGUAUUUUUGUGGAAUUCGAAUCUGAAGAAGCAGCAACGAAAGCGGUACUCGAUCUAAAUGGCCGAUUUUUCGCUGGACGUGUCGUGAAGGUUGGAUUUUACGAUGCAGAAAAAUUCAGGAAUUUGGAACUCGCCGAUGCGCCAUUGUCUACAUAA